AUGCAUCUGUGUGCUAGGAAUUAUCAUUUUGGUUCCUUGGUUACUAGUAGUUGGUUAGCCAAACACUACCUGAAAGAUGUAAUCAUGAAACCCAAGAUGACAUUGCUAGAUAUGCAAGCAGAUGUGCUACAAAUGUUUUCAGUGAGUGUAUCUCUUGGGAAAUGCCAAAGAGCAAGGGCUACUACAAUGGGGAUGACAAAAGGGAAGUUAGAAGACCACUAUGCCAAGGUUUCGGAUUAUGCAGCUGCAAUUAGGUUGAGUAAUCUAGCUGAGCCUACUAUACCAAGAAGUGAUGAUGCUCCUCCCACAGUUUCAGAAUGUGGUGAUCAAGUUGGUGGGCGUAAUGUACCAAGAAGUGAUGUUACUCCUCCCCCAGUUUCAGAAUAUGUGUCUGGAUCAAGGAACAAAACACCAAAGAAAACACCUAAUGGUAAGAAACAUAAGAGUAAUGCAAAAGAGGAUGUAUCCCUAACCUGUGAUGAGGAUUUUGUUGAUCUUUUUACUUAUACGCCUAAUGGUAAGCAAGGUAUGAGUCAAGUAACAGAGAAUGUUCAGGAACAAGAAUAUGAUGACAAUGAGGUGAAGGUGAGUGAUAGACUUACUUUACAGGAGUUGCUAGUGUCUGGAUAUACACAUGCUGAUGCAGUGGCUGCUAUGAAAGAGGUUUAUGGAGAGGUUGAGGAACAACAGAUUGAAGAAAAAGAGGUUGAGGAAGGAGUUGAAGAUAGAGAGGUUGAAGAAGAAGAAGUUAAAGGCAUACAGGUUGAGCAAGAAGAAGUUGAAGGCAUAGUGGUUGAGGAAGAAAGAGUUGAAGAGAGAGAGGUUGGAGCAAGAGUCCUACCCUCCAGAAGAAGUUAUGGUGCUUACAAUUUCCAUUGGGAGAAAAAGAGGAAACCCGCUGAAAGAAUUAGGAAUUUGAAGCUCAGGAAAAUGGUUGAAGAUUUUGAUGGUGGUGGUUCCUCCAAAACCCCUUGGGUUUUAGAGUAA